GUGACAUGGUUCCGAAAACGAUCGCGGGAAAAAUCGUCGGGGGUGUAUGCUCCUUGAGCGGUGUCCUAGUGAUCGCUUUACCGGUACCUGUAAUCGUCAGUAAUUUCAGCAGAAUAUAUCAUCAAAAUCAACGUGCUGAUAAAAGGAAGGCACAGAGGAAAGCGAGGUUGGCUCGCAUUAGGAUUGCUAAAGCGUCGAGUGGUGCAGCCUUUGUCAGCAAAAAGAAAGCAGCCGAAGCUCGAUUAGCUGCGCAGGAGAGUGGUUUGACGUUAGACGAAAACUACAAGGAGGAGGAUAUUUUCGAAUUACAACAUCAUCAUUUACUUCGUUGUUUAGAGAAGACGACGGAUCGCGAGUUCGUGGAGAUGGAGGUGCCCUAUAACGGUGCCCCAAAGAGGCCAGGUUCACCGUCACCACUGACGUCACCUGCCCAUAGCACUGCCUCGAGAGGUGGCCUCCUGCACUCCUGUUGCGGUCGCUGCUACCCUCAGCGUUACCAGCCGAAGGAACAGCAGGAGCCUGUAGUGGAGCGUCCACUUCAGAUCAACCAGGACCUAAAGAAGCGCGGUUCCCACACCUGUGACAUGCAGGCCCUACAGCCACUUCCGGUCCCCACCACCACCACAACCAACACCGCGCCUGCCAUGACUACUUCCGGUGGGCAGCCACCACUUCCGCUUUCGGAGACCGCUUGAGUACGAUCGAGACCAAUCACGAUCACCAUAUCCACUAAUAAGAUCACCUAUAACUUUCAUCGUUCUUCUCUACUGAUUGCUUCGAGAACGAACUACGGUGGCCAUCUGGCCACGAACACGUAAAGGGAAAAUACUCUGAUACGAGUCGACGAGAUAGAAGUUCCGAAAUGAUUUACUACUACCCCCCAAGAAGAAAUAUAAUCUUUAAAAGAGAUUAUUAAAAAAAAAAACCAAGAAUAUUCUCCGAGAAGUAUAUCAAGAUUUAUCAUCAGAUCGAGAAAGAGAAGAUUCGAGUAAAUGAAAGAUGAGGAGGGAUGGAAUAGAUCAGAAUUAACUAUGAUCCAAGAUCGAAGAAAUUUCAAAUCCGGAUCUCGUCGAUGAGAUUACUACGCUCUGUUAGUUUUAAUUAUUAACACACGCACAUAUGUCCACGCAUACACACGCACAUACACACAUACAUAAUUUUCGAUUUCGAUGACAAAUAAAGAGAGAAAAAGAUCGAUCUUGUAUAAGGGAUCUUAAUAGCGAGAUCAACGUCCAAAAUAUUUCAAUGUCCUAAAAAAUGUCCUUAAAGACUCACGGUCUCGCGUUGUAAUCUUUCAAAAAUAAAUUCUUUCUUCUAUAUAGGAGCAUAUAAACAGACAACUAUAACGAUAAUAGAUUAAUACUCAAGGUCCACAAGGUUGCUCGUGAAGGAUUUCUAAAUGAUUUCCAAGAAUGAUGACUCGCAAACGAAUCGAAUUUCUACGAUGAGUUUAAAUCAUUAUUCGAAAAAUUCGUUUUAUCGAUGUUAAUUAUAUCGACAUUCAUCGCCGUUCGAUAUAUUAUGAUGUUGUUUGCGUGCAUUUAUGUAAUUUGUUUAUCUUGCGAGAGGAGAGAGAUGUAGGAAGAAAAGGAAAGAAAAGGCAAAAGAAAUACAAACAGAAUGAAACGCAUUUCUUGAUAAUACGUGAUAAUGCCACGAUUAAAAAAGAUAGACAAGUUGCAAAAUAAGAAAAUGGCACCAUAAUAUGCCUUACUCCGAGUCGCAUAGUUAUUUUUCAUAUCUUGACGAAAUUUAUAGAUUGUAUAUUCGAUAAUCUUUAAAAGUGAGAUCCAAAAUAUCUCAUUAAUAAUUCGUAUGCGAAUUGACACUUACGUUAAUAAAUCUAUAUAAUUGAUUUUUGUUAAUUAGACGAUCGGGCUUCGGGUCGAACUUCGUCGUUUCCUUAAAUUGAAAUUUUUCACAGUUUCUUAAUGAAUUAUUCGUUUUCUCUUGUGAUGCAUGUAUACUUAUCAAUACUUACUCUACUACGUAAUAAUACUAAGAUAUUAAAAAUUAGAAAUUUUUCAUAAUUAUAAAUUGUUUUUUAAAAUAUUAUUAAAAGCGUAUGCAAAUUACAUACAUAUAUAGACACAGACAUACCUAUGUACAUAUUCGAUAAGUUUUGAAGACACUUACAAUUAGUCGUCUUCAUCGUAGUUAUAAUUCUACGUUAUCUACCUACAUACCUACCUACCUACCUACUUAUCUACCUACCUACCCAUCUAUCUAUAUUUAAUAUAGAAAAUCUUUAGAGAUAAAAAAGAUGCUUGAAAUUAACGGACUAUUAGUAGUUUCUUUAACGAAUCGACGUGGUUCCCGAAUAAAUUUAAAUCUAUGAUAAUUAUAGUUUGCGAUUUUACUCAAGAUAAUGUUUAGUUUCAUCUCGGAUAUCGAGAAAUUAUUAUUUGCGAUUAUAAAGUGCGAUUUAUUAAAAAGGGUCUCGUGUCUGCCUGGUAUUGUCGAUAAAACGGAAUAACUAUAAGUUUUAUUUUCAACUUUUAUCCAUGCCAACCGCAAUGUCCAAAAGCGGAGCGAAAUAAAGAAUGAAAGAGAAA